AUGUCCACCGGUGCUGUAGCCAUUGCCCGUGUCGACGGCCAAGUCUCGCUCGUCCAAGUCGUAAAGGCUUCUGAAUCCUCUUCGCACCUCUCAGUGCUCAAAUAUACAUACUUUGGCGAACGCUCCUUUCUCUCCAACAUUACCUCGUCCGCUCCCAGCCGUAUUCACACCCGGGAUAUCAUCGAGACCCUCCCGGCGUCUGUCCAACCGUCUGGGGAUAUGCUCACCCUCUCCAACGACGUCUUUGCCCUCUACAUCGACCGCGCGACCGCAAACCAAUCUGCGCUCGAGGAAAAGUACCAAAAGGCCAUGGCCUCUGGAGGCAUCCUACUCCCACAUGCCGCCAAGAUUCUCCGAUGA